AUGGAGCUAGAAUUAGGACUCAAAAUCACUAAAACUAAAGAUGACAUUGAUUCCAUUUCUGAGUAUCAAUUUAUGAAGGAUGCAGGACCAGUUUUUCAUUCUAGAGAAACCAAUACCAUGUUCAUCCUCUCUGCCAAUCUCAAAGGUUAUAAGAGAAAUAACAUUGACAUCAUGAUUAGUAAAGAUGGGAGUAAGAUAUCAAUUAAUGGAAAGAAACCAAUUCAAGAAAUGGUGAUGAUGGGAUGGGUAAUGCAAAGGAAAGUGGUUGAUGUUAAAGGUUUCAAUAAGGUUUUCAAAAUUCCUCAUGGUGUGAAUUUGGAUAAGAUAAAAGCAAAUUACAAUGAAGAGGAGUGGGUGAUGAAUAUUGUCAUGCCAAAAUUGGUCAAAGGGAUUUGUGGUCUUAAGAUUGAGGAAUUUAAGGAACAAUAUUUUGACAAAGGAAAAUCACACCUAGAGAAAAGUGAAAUUGAUCAUGUCUCUAGUAGUGUUGGAGAGACAAGCCAAAAAGGGUUUAAAGAUUCUGAAUUUCAACACAUGGAAGGAAGUGAAAAUAUCAUAGAAAAGAUGCUUGAUGAUGACAUCAACAAGAAAUUUAAUAAAGAGAUAAUAGAAAAAGAAGUUGAAAAAUCUAAGUUGAGAAUUGAGGAUGGAAAUGGAGAGAUUAGAAAUGGAAUUGAUGGUGUUAUUAAGGACAUAAGAGAAAAAGAUAUAAAAGAAAAAGAAAUGUCUAACUUAAGGGUUAAGGAUAGUAAGGUGAAAGAUAUAGAAGAAAGAGAUGGAAAGAAAACAUAUGAAGCAUUGAAGACAUUAGAAGAUAUGGAGAAAACGGUUAAUGAAACCAACAAGGAUAUAAAUGAAAAAACAAUAGAAAAAGAAGUUGAAGAUUUUAAAUUGAGAAUUGAAAAGGGUUGCAAAGAAGAAUAUGAAGAGACGAAGAAAUCAGAACGAGAUCAAGGUGUUGGUGAAUUCAUCUCAAACAAGUUUCAAGAUAUGAGCAAAGAUAAAGAGUUUGAGAAUCAAAAGAUGGAUAGUAGAAGUGCUAGCAAGAAGCAUGAUGAUGUUAGUAGGGACAAAAUUGGAGGGACAAUAAUAGGAGAAAAAGAAGAAUCUAACUUGAGGAGUGAAGAUAGUAAGGUAAAAGAUAUUGGUAAAGGAAACUCACAUAACAUUGUAGUUACAAGCCAAAGAGUUUUUGAAGAGUCUAUGAUUCAACAAAGUGGAGAGUCAAAACAAAAAGAGUCUAAAGAACACUUUGAAGAAAGUGAGAAAGAAAAUAGUUUAGAACCAUUUGAAGCAAUGAAAGAAUGUGUUUUAAAAAAGCUUGGUGGUAAGGAAGGGCUUGAUGAUGAAAUAGUGCUUAUAAAGAAGGAGUUUCCUAAGCACUUACCUAGAAGUGCCUCAAAAGAAAGGGUAGAAUUGAAUGUUGACAAGAUGCAAGAAACCAAAAAUGUGAAAGAAGAAAUGGUGAACAAAGAGGUUGAAUAUUUUACAGAUAAGGGUGAAGGUGAAAGAUUUGAAAGGAAGCAUGUGGAAGAAAAGAAAGACAACAAUACAAGAGAGACAAUGCAAGAGGAAUACAAAGAAAGAACUAAGGAAAUCCACCAAGAAGUAGAAGAUACAAUUGAAUAUGGUUUAGUGAAGUUGAAAGGAGAGGGUUCAACAAAGAAUAAUGGUGAACCAAAUAAGCCUUUUGAGAGAGAGAGUGUAAAUAAAGGAACAUUUGAUGAAAGAAAAGCUCAUAAGUGUCGAGAGAUUGAACAAAUUGAAGAUGUCAAUGAAAAGGGUGCAAAUAUUGAAAAGUCUAUGAAGAAAGGAAAUAACGAUAAAUAUAAGAAGGUUCGAGAUGAAGAAAAUGAAGGUUUCAAGACAAACAAAACUAAGAUGAAAGAUGAAAUAUUUUUGCAAGAAGAGACGAACAAAGGAAUAUCAAAAGCAAGCAAUGCUGCUAAAGAAGUUUUUUCACAUAACACUGUAGAUUCAGGCCAAAGAGCUUUUGAAGAGGCUUUGAUUCAACAAAGUGGAGAGUCAAAACAAAAUGAAAUUGGAGGAUCAAACUGCGACUCUAAGGAAAGGCUUAAAGAAGUUUUGAAAGAAAGUAGUAUGAAACAAAAUGUAGUUGAUCAUAUUCAUAGUAAAAUUGGUUGUACAAACCAAAAUGAAUUUAGAGAACCAAGAAUUCCACAAAAGGAGAAAACUAAAAGCAUUGAGGUGAAGAAAAAUGAAGGAAUGGAUUUCGAAAAGACGCCUUUUGAAGUCAAUGAAGAUGUUCAAAAAGCCAUUCUUGGAGAUGCCAUCCAAAAGGAAGAGUUUCCUAAAAACUUACCAAAAAGUAGUGUUAAUGAAAGUGAAGGGUUGAAUGUUCAAAAGAUUCAAGAAUCCAAAAAUGUGAAAGAAGAAGUGAAGGGAAAAGAGAUUGAAUAUUUUGAGGAGAAGGGUGAAGGUGAAAGAUUCAAAAGGAUGCAUGUGAAAACAAAGAAAGGAAACACAAGAGAGAUAAUGCAUGGGGAAAUUGAAAAUAAUGAGAAUGAAAUUAAGGAAACUGGUCAACAACAUGUAAAGGAGAAUACUACAAAAGAAAUGGAUGAAGUCUCAAAGAAUGUGACAGGAGAGUUGAAACAGAAAGUUGCGGAAAUCGAUGAAAGUAAAGGAUUCAAUGUUGCAAAGGAGGAAGAACAAAAAAAGGUUACUAAAAAAGCAUUGGUUGAAAGAGAAAGUUUGAUGGAAAAGGUGGAAGGAAAACAAUCCAAGGAGAGAACUAAGGCUAAAAUAGUCCAAGACAAGGAUGAUAAGAUUGAAUUUGGUUUAGUAAAGUUAAAAGAAGAGAGACCUGCAAAGAUCCAUGUUGAUGGAAGAAGUUUUCAAGAGAAGGAGGAAAGUAAAGAUGUAAAUGAAAAGGGUGAAAAAACCGAAAGUUUUGGGAAGAAAGUAAAUAGUAAGAUACAAAAUGAAGAAGAUGAAGACUUCAAGAAAGGUGUAACAAAGGAAAAAGGUGAAUUUCAUUUGUCGGACGGUGUGAGUGAAAGAAGAUCUCAAGAUUCCAAGGAUGUAAAAGAGUAUUUUCAGAUGAAAAUGUUAGAUUCUCAAAUUGAUACAAGAGAGGAACUAAAGGAUGGAAAUAUCGAGAAAAUAAAAGGUCUCAAAGAGAAUGAAAAAGUUGUAUCAUUUGUGAAGAAAGUGAAGUUGCAAGAAGAAGAAAUCAAGGAGAGAACUAAGGCAAUAGUUCAAGAUGAAGAAGAUAAAAUUGAAUAUGGUAUAGUAAAGUUUAGAGGAGAAGAAUCCACAAAUCGCACACAUAAGUUUCAAGAGAAGGAGGAAAUAGAAGAUUUCAAUGAAAAGGGUGAAAAAUCCAAAGAGAUUGUGAAUCAAAUGAAUAAGAAGAUACAUAAUGAAGAAGAUAAAGGUUUUCAGAAAAACACAAUAAAGGAAAGAGAUGAAUAUUUUUUGCAAGAAGUGAUAAGUAAAGGAAGAUCAAAAGCAACUAAGGCUGCAAAUGAUCCUAUUGAUGAGUUAAUUGAGAAAGAGAAUAUUGGUAUUGGAAUAGUUGAUGGAAGAAAAACACAAAAUUUUCAAGUGAUGAAUCAAACUCAAGAUGCAAAUAGUGAAAAGACUAUGAAGAAAAUGAAUGGAAACAAAGAAGUAAGUGAAAAAGUUGAACAAGUGGAAGCAAAUGAAGGUUUGAGGAAUGAUAUAAAGGAACAAAAUUUUGGUGAGUCAAUGACAAAAGAAGAACUUCAAGAGUUUGAGAUGGAAAGAAUAAGAAAUUAUGAGAGAGAAUUUCAAUCAGUAGUAAGUAUCGGAUUUAAGGAGUUUGAUUACAAGAAUGCGAAAGAUAAGAAACCGAAGACGAAAUUUGAAAGCAAGGAGAGAUAUGAUUCAAAAGAUGAAAGUAUGAACCAAGAAAGUUUUAGUCCAAAGAAACCAAAACAAGUAGGAGAAAAUUGCACUCGUAACAAAUUAUGCACAACAGAGGUUGAAACUAUGGACGAUCAACUGAUUAAUUUUCAACAAUCAAAAGAUGAAAUAACCAGAAAAUCAGAAUGUGUUAUUCAAGAAAAAGUUGCAAAGAGUGAAGAAGAAAAGAAGCCUAAAAUGAAGGAAAUAACUUCUCAGUUUGACUUGGCUAGUGGAUCCAAAAUGGUAGCAGAAGACGAACAAUGCAUAAACAAUGAACAAGAAACAAAACUUGGAAUACAAGAAAUUGAAGAAGAAAAAGACUAUAAACAAGUGUAUGAAGAACAAAGAGAAAGUAAAGAUGAAACAUAUGGAGGGAAAAAGAACAAUGCAAAAAUAUCAAAGAAACUGUUAGUUCCAUUGGUUAUAGCAGGAUCAGCAUUACUUGCUUCUAUAGUAUUUAUCUUUGUUAGGCAUAAAAGAUCUACAAAAAUGUAA